GUCGUUUAAGGAUCAAUAAUUGUGAGACAGUGUUAUAUCGAUUUUAGCAUUCUUGGCUGGAGUGAUAUUAAAAGAAGGUGUACCUUAUUACGGAAGUGUAGAAAUAUAAAUUAUACGUUAAAUAUGGAAUCCGAAGAGGGGGAAACAUAUUUGAAACAAGGAAUGACGGUACGCAGCGAAAAGAAUACAACUAUCGACUACGAUGAAGACAGAUUGCACGAGAUGACAGCAUCGUAUUCGGAGAUAUCAUUUGAUUCGCAAUCAUCUCCACCUGUAUCAGAGUUAAGAUCGUUGAUCGAUUCCCCAGAUAUCGAUGGAACAAAACUCCUGGAAGACAGUUUAGAGAAAAUGAACGGAAUUGGUAGUAGACCGGACCAGUUGAAUUUAAAAAAUAGAGAAGCUAGCCCAGUCGAGGAUGAAGAUAUAGAUCCCCCGAGUUAUCAUAAAGCAAUGGGAUAUUUACAAUUGGAAGGAACAGUAAUGCAAGAUGGUGAUAUGGUAUUAUUCGUUGCGGAAGAUUUAGAAAAUAAAAUUAAGUUAUCUAGCCCUGUGACAAAAAAGGGAGAAACUCCAUCUUUUCCGGGUUCUCGCAGUUCUACACCGUGUUUAUACAGGCAAGCCUUGACACCUCAAGUGCCUCUUCUCGAUCAUAACGUAUUAAACGAAUUAGAGAUGGAAGCGAGGAAAGUGGCCACCUCUGUGGACGCGUUAACAGAAAAUUUAGCAGCUAUUCUACAUAGCGCAUCCGCACUCACUGUAGCCUGUUUGGAAACAUACAGGGAUGCUGUAUGUAAAACAUGCGACGCUGUGGAUCACAAUAUUAAAUCCAUGUAUCAAUUAAUGGCAAAAUGCGAAGAAUUAUCGAAAUCAAUGGGACCUAUAUAUAAGCUUGCGGAACAAAUUAAAGAAAUGAAGAGAAUGUUGGAGCUAUUCGAAAGCGCUAUGAAUUUGUAAUUUGUAUGCAGGGAGAAUGAUACUUUUCCUAUAAGAUCGUACGAUUAAGAUAUUCGUCUGUUUCAACUUAUCGGAUCAUCCGGAAAACUAGUUUCGUAGUUCUAAGUUGUUUAAUUUUGGAAAAUAUAAUUUUGUUAAAAUUCAACGUUUCUUUCCUUU